AGUAACAGACAUUUGGGGUUUUAGUCGUUUGCAGAGACUCAAAAGCUUUAGACGGUUUGCAAGUGUUACAAGCUGCAAAAUUUAAUAAAAAUAAUAAUAAAAAAACGCUAAAAUACAAACCUACCUACCAAUAACAAAUAAAACAUAAAUACAGUUUCAAACACGAUAUUGCCAAAAAGGAAAACAAUAAAAAAGAAUUACUGGUUUAUGAGAAACUACAACAAGUUAUAUAAAAAAAAGAAAAAAACUAGAUAGAAAACAAUAGAUUUCUAGUGAGAAAGUUCGAUAGAAAAGUGUAUUUAUUGAAGUAAUUUAAGAAACUUGAAAUUAAGCAGCAGAAAUCAAACCGUCUAAACCUAUUGUGUUUAAGUUUUAUGGAGGAAACUUUUUAACAAGCCGAUUUGUAAUAAACGACUAGAGGAAAUCAUGAACGAAGAACCUGUAAAGAAUGGAAAAGAUAAUAAUCAUCAAUUGGAAUCAUCAACAUAUGAUCCUAAUGAGAUUGUUGAAGCAGAACCACUUUCUUGGAGAUUUUGGCGAAAACGUCGUUAUAUAGUCGUCUUGUUGGCAUUCUUUGGUUUCUUCAAUGUCUAUUCUUUGCGUGUCAAUUUAAGUGUGGCCAUUGUGGCUAUGACAGAGAAUCGUACUGUGAUCGAUGAAAAUGGCAAUGAAUCAUGGGAACAAGAUUUCCCUUGGGAUCCUAAGCAGAAGGGUCUGAUAUUAAGUUCCUUUUUCUAUGGUUAUAUAAUGACUCAGUUUAUUGGCGGUUUUAUAGGAGCUAAAAUUGGUGGUAAUUUGGUUUUCGGUAUUGGUAUUGGAACGACAGCCAUCUUGACACUAUUCACACCCAUGGCAGCUAAACACAGUUUGGAAAUGUUGCUGGCAGUGCGCAUUAUCGAAGGUAUCUUUGAGGGUGUUACCUUCCCCUGUAUACAUGCUGUAUGGUCACGCUGGUCACCACCACUUGAACGUUCUCGCAUGGCUUCCAUAGCUUUUGCUGGCAACUAUGCUGGUACUGUUAUUGCCAUGCCCUCGUCGGGACUCUUAGCUUCAGCCUACGGCUGGGAAAGUGUAUUUUAUGUAUUUGGUGUUAUUGGUUGCAUUUGGUUGGUGUUAUGGUUGGUUAUUGUACGUUCGGGACCCGAUAAGGAUCGUUUCUGUUCGGAAGAUGAACGUAAUUAUAUUCAGAAAACAAUUGGUAUUACUGGACAACAAAGAAUUAAACAUCCCUGGAAGGCCAUAUUUACUUCAUUGCCAUUCUAUGCCAUUGCCGUUUCACACUUUUCAGAAAAUUGGGGUUUCUAUACUUUAUUGACUCAAUUGCCAACAUUCCUUAAAGAUACCUUAAACUUUAAUUUGGAUAAAACUGGUUUUCUAUCAGCUGUGCCAUAUCUUACCAUGGGUAUAUUAUUGGGUGUUUCAGGCUAUUUAGCCGAUUGGUUGCAAGUCAAGGGUUAUUUGACCACCACACAAGUAAGACGUUACUUCAAUUGUGGUGCUUUCUUGGCUCAAACUGUUUUCAUGGUACUCACCGCCUAUUUAUUGGAUCCCACUUGGUCCGUGGUGUGUAUAACCAUAGCUGUAGGUUUGGGAGCUUUUGCCUGGUCUGGUUUUGCCGUUAACCACUUGGAUAUUGCUCCCCAACAUGCUAGUGUAUUGAUGGGCAUUGGCAAUACAUUUGCCACCAUACCCGGUAUUGUUAGUCCCAUGUUGACCGGUUAUUUGGUACAAAAUCAAACCAGUGAAGAAUGGAAGACUGUAUUCUUUAUUUCUGCUGGUAUUUAUUUAGUAGGCUGUGUUAUCUAUUGGAUGUGGGCCUCGGGUGAAUUACAAGAAUGGGCUAAAUCACCCGAACAAAAAGCUCUCGAAAUGACUAGACAAAAAGCCGUUACCGAGGGUUAUGUCAACGAAGCCUUAGAGUGCAAAGAUGAAGUUAAAGAAAAUCAUAGUUAAGUUUAAACAUCCACACACACACCAGUAGUUUUAGGUUUUUAAAGAAUUUCCUUUUGUAAUAUAUACAAAAAAACGAUAUAUCACACGAUAAACAAAAAAGUAUUGUAAAUAAUCAUUUUAUAUAUUUUAUUAUAAGAAUAUAAUUUAAAAUAGAAUUUAUUUGUUUUAAAUUCUUAAUAUAAUAUUCAUUCAACACACUUUUGUUGUUUUUCACACUUCGUCCGCUUUAGAGAGGUCAAUACACUGUGCACAAAUAUUUGCAAGCAAAUAAUCAUUUAGCCAUAUAAUAAAAAGAAAAAAUUUUUAAGAAAGAAAAAAAUCUCUGCAAAUUGCAUUCGCAAUGUUUUGAAUCAUCAAAAGAAAUAAUCAAAUCGUAAAAAGAAAGCAGUGAAAAACCAAAAAUAAUUUCAAUUAAAUGGGCAGAGGAAAAAUGUGUAGGUAGAGAUAAACAAAAUAUAAAUUUUUUGUUCAAAAUUUGUUUACCAUAAAAUUUGAAGUGUAAUUUUGUGCUAAGGUGGAAUUUUAAAUGACCCUUUAAACAUCAUUCUAGAAAGAACUCUUUAAAUUAACCCACAAACCGAAGAUACAUAUGUUGUACAAUAUGGCUUAAUUACGAUAUUGUAAUGGGUUUUAAAUACGAAAGCAUAUUUGAUUUCGUAUGACUGAAAUAAAUCCAGAAUUAAGUUCACAAUGGUUAAUCCCCAAACCGAGACUAUACAAAUUUACACAUUUCAGUCAGUCAAAUCGAGUAAAUAUAACAAACUUAGAGUGAGAUUAAACUAAAACCUAGCAGAAACCCACUGGUCCAAAAGUUCGUUGGAGGAGAGCGAUCGUUGAAAUGAAAAUCAGUUUCGCUUCUUACUAUAAAUUUCCUACAUAUGUCAACCAAAAUAAGCAGUUUAAGUAUUCAGUUCCUAAUAACAUCAUAUAUUAAAUUAGACAGACUACAGACGCGAAAGCUUUAUUUCAAAGUCGACAUAUUGGACUUCCAGAUGUCAUGCCAAAUUUUAUAAAUAAAGGUAUUUUCGUGAAUUAUAAUAUAGCCAAAAUCGGGUUAUUUUCAAAUCUUAGGACACAAUAUCUUGAAAUACUGAAAUACAUUUCAAUGAUCAAUCUAUGAUUAUUCGAAUAAAUCACAAACAUAAAAUUAUCUAUCAUUAGCGUAUAAUCAUGAUGACAGUUAUUACAGGAUAUCCCGCAGCGAAGUUAAAAAUUUUACUUUUUUCGGUUUAUCCUUAUAAUUUUAAACGAGUUUGAUUUCUUUUUACAAUAAUAACAAUUGGAAAUUCGUUAAAAAAUUUAGUGAAAUAUUUUGCAAUAAAUUCGUGAUUUUAGGUUAAUGUGUUUUUUUUUACUUUUAACAAUAUUUGUUCUUCAUACAUCAUGAUACAUAAAACCUAUUUGCUAAUAUGAAACUUUGUAAGCAAUAAGAUCCUCACAAGGACAUUUCUCAUAGUUCCAAUUCACUGUCGGUAUCGUAUUGUUGUAUCAUCAUAUGUUAUUAAUAUUUCGCAGACAAAGUUUUUUGACAUAAAAACAAUAAAAAAUAAAAUAGUGAAAACUUACGACAUACAACGUUACGGCAGUGAUUGUAUAAUAUUUUGAAUUCAUGGGAAUGUAAAAAUAACAAACAAAACUUGAAUUCAAUCCGAAAUAUUUUACUGCGUUUUUAGCGAAUUCACUGUUUUAACCGAAAAAUUGUAUUAUUGGUUUGUGUUGGUAGUACUUUAUGGAAAAACUCUAAUAAAUUUAGCACAAAGUUUUGUUAUCAGAAUAAAACAAUCUAGGCAAUCUAGUAUUACUGCAAUAACUGUCAUCAUGACUAUGCUUUUUAGAAAGAUAAUUUUAUGUAGAUUUCCAUGUUGUUAAAAAAAAACUUUGGAAUUUAAUUCCAGUUCUGCAAAAUUUCGUAAAAAUUUCAAAAAAGUGGCGUAAACAUUGUCUGUACAAAAAUAAUGCAAUAUCUCAAAAACUAGAGCUAACCGAAAAUUGUUAUAAAGAUAGGAAUUAGCUUAUUUUAUUUAAAAGUCAAGCAAAAAUUCGAUUUUGUUGACCUGUACAUUUUAUUAAAAUAUCCACUCACCCUUUUAAACUCUGUUGUUAUUUUGACAAUGCAUCGUUGAUAUUUUGAAAACGUAUCGUUGUUAUUACAACAACGGAUUGUUGUUAUUUUGCAAAUGCAUCAUUUUGAUUUCGACAACGCAUCCUUCUGUUUAGAAACACAUCGAUUUCAAACCGAAAUGAUACUCCAUUUAAAUAAAUAUUAAAAUCAUGAACGAUCGAUUUGACAACGUCAUAUGUAACUUAUUAUUUUUAGUUGAUUAAAUAACUAUUCGCACAUCUUUAGGCAACGGAUGUUAUUAAAUAUUUAUAAACAAUUUGGUGUGGAUUUGUCACAAAGCGUGUUUAUAAUUUAAAACAGGAGCGAUGUAAAAUAUAGAAUUUAUCAAGGCAAUCUGAAUAUUCGAGAAAUGUGCGAAAUAGGUUUUCAUUAGAAAAAUAUUUCUAUUGUCCUUCAUUAAAAUUCUUUUCAAAUAAAAUUAAGUAGAAUUUAUAGAGAUUGUGUUGGUCAAUUGACCUAAUUAUAUAAAUUCCAUUCAUAAAAUCUAAUUCAGUGUGUCACAUUUCUUGAAGCAAAAAUCCAAAUGAAAAAAUUAGAAUAAUAACAUAUUGAGUUAAUAGAAAACAAUAAGGGUAGAAACGAAUUAAAUGAACACUAUAGACCCUAAAACCAAUAGGGAAAUUUUUCGCUGUACUUUAUUUAAAAGGCGCAAAUUCUGACAAAAGGGGCCACGUGUUCGUUUAUUUGUUUAUUUACCUUACGUACAAAGUAAAAAUAAACAAAAGGUAAAUUGUUUACUUUGAAUGUUGAAAAUGUUUUCAAAAAAAAAAAAAAUAUUCCAAAUAUUUAAUUUUAACAAGUAUUUUCUUAAAACCCACAACAAAUUACAAAAUAAAAUCACAUUUUUUUAAUUAAAAAAAAUAUUUUUAAAUGAAAUAUUUUGCGAAUCUUGUUCAUUUGUUCAUUGACUCACUAUAGUUUUCAUCAAAGGAAUUUUUAUGAAUGUGAAAACAUAUGGGAAUUUACAAAAACAACAAAAAGAAAAACAAUAACACUAAAAUAAUAAUAACAACAACCAAAAUAAAAACUACAACAGCAAAGAAAACGUCAGCAGCAAUUUUCACAACAGCAACAAGAAAAAUUUUAAUGAAAUGAAAAGCAUUGCUCUGCGACUGCUCUCCGCUUAUUGUAAACACAAUAUUGGAAUUUCUAUAAUUUUGGCAAAAAGCCAAGAAUAAUUUUAAUUGAAAUUAAUAGUCAAAUUCUUAAGAUUCUUAAGGUGUAUAAACAUAUUUUUAAACAUUAUUUACAGAAUGUUCUUUUUUAUUUUUUUUUUUUAUUUUUUGCGUUUUUCUUUUAAUAUCUUUAUUUUUGGCCAAAUCACAAAAGAAUAUUGACUGGCAGAUUGAGUGGGGAAAUUAGUGAAUGUUUGUUUAUAGAUUGGGUAUGUAUUUUUGAUUUCAAGUUUUUUUUUCGAGGAAUUAUAGAAUUGUUCAUUAAUAAAAAAUUUAAAAUAAUUUUUAAGGUGUUAUGGUCCUUUUCCAAUCUCCUCACGAACUUAUUCUAGCCUCAUAUGAGGAUACGCUACUUCCAACUAAUAGCGUCAACUUUCAUUGUGAACGGACGUGUUAUCAAGAGUUCUCUAGAAAAUCGCAGUUUUUAGUGGUUUCAAGUGAAGUGUUAAAUAUAAAAAAUUUACCAAUAAAACA